UGUUAUGACAUUUGGAUUUUAGAAUUUCCAUCGUACUGCAGAGCAAAACAUAAGCUCUUAAUUUAUUUAAUGUUUUAAAACAUUUACUGUAUAUUGUGAUCCCAAUGGGAUCUUCUCAGAGUCUAGGAGUGCCGGGAGGCGGAUCCGAGGGAUACCAUGUUCUGCGAGUUCAAGACGGAUCCCCUGGUCAAAAAGCUAAUCUAGAACCAUUUUUCGACUUUAUUGUGGCCAUAGAUAAUAUAAGAUUAGACCAAGACAAUGAUACCUUGAAGGAAAUACUUAAGAAAAAUACUGACAACACCAUUAAGAUGCUUGUGUACAGCAGUAAAACUCAGUCAGUCAGAGAAGUGAUGAUAACACCUAAUGCAAGUUGGGGUGGUGAAGGUCUAAUAGGUGUUAGUAUACGGUUUUGUUCUUUUGAAGGAGCCACAGAAAAUGUAUGGCACAUUUUGGAAGUACACCCAUCUUCACCUGCUGAAUUAGCAGGCUUAAGACCUUUCACAGAUUAUAUAAUUGGUGCAGAUUCCGUGAUGCAUGAAAGUGAAGAUCUAUAUACAUUAAUAGAGGCACAUGAAGGAAGACCAUUAAAAUUAUAUGUUUAUAAUGUAUCUGAGGAUCUUUGCAGAGAGGUUGUGAUCACUCCAAAUCAUAACUGGGGUGGUGAAGGCAGUCUUGGAUGUGGUAUAGGCUAUGGAUACCUUCAUAGGAUUCCAAUUCGGAAUGGGCAAAAUCUUACACAACCUAAUGAAAUUAGCCAACCAAGUCUGAUGGUUCAUCCGCAUGGCAAUGCAUCAUCUCCAAAACAAGAAAUAAUUGCAACAGCUACUCCAACUCCUGUUGAACAACAAGUGAUGGCUGCACCUCAGUUCCUGUCAGGAGUGCCAAUGGUAAACCCUGGAACAGUUCCACCCACUCCUGCUAGCACUGCGCCGACAGUUCCAUUGCAAGAGCCUGUGGUUAUUGAACCCGCACUAUCUCAAGGAACAUCUAUUGUAUCUAGUAUGGCUACAUAUUCUACCAAUUUUGCCGAUGCAACUCUAACGAACCUGGGCAGUAUCCCAUCAGUGUCUACGAUGCAGCCACCUGCUCCACUGCCUAACUUGCCUGGUAUUCCCAUGAACCAGCCACAGCCUUAUAUACCAAUAAUGCCCAGUUAUACCCAGCCCCACGUCCCAACUGCGCCGUCAUACCCACAGUCUCAAGAAAAUUUAGUGCCAACAUUCGAUAUGAGUAGCUUCAAUCAAACACAAAUCAACCCCCCGCCAUUCUCAAGUGGCCUGCCAGUUGUAACUCCUGUCUCCCUGCCAGGCAUGCCACCUAUCAACGUUAGUGCCACCCUACCUGUCUCCACUAUGCAAGAGAUUCAUCAACAGCAGAUGCAACAGAAACAGGAUCUUCUGUCUUAGAUAAUAAUCACUUAUAAUAACUUAGAUCAUUUAUAUGUUUAGAUAGACUGUGACAGCUGUGAAUAGUUUAAAAAAAUUGAGAUUGAGAGUUAACCUCUAUUUUGGGGAAUGCACGCACACUAACACAAAGUGACAUACGAAUCGCGAGUGUAAGACGUAGCUUGUCACGCACACUAAAGUAAUAAACCUGGCCUGUUUUCAUCGGUUGUCUAGCAGCAAGAAGCUCUGUCUAUACCACGGACUAGUAAAAAAUAAGGACUCCGUGUCACCUACAUAACAGUGAAGCAUCAAAACAAGCCAGUUAACGUGUAAAUACAUAGCUCCACGCACACACUUACACUAAUAUAAGCCGAUCAGCCGCCAUUAUGACAUCUGCCAUCGUCAAGUGCCAACACAAAGUGACAUACAAGUCGCGAGUGCAAGAGUAGCUUGAGUAGCCUGUCACGCACACUAAAGUAAUAAACUUGGCCUGUUUUCAUCGGUUGUCUCUCAGCAAGCGAGGCUCUAUCUACACAUAUAAAUUAUCUAAUAAUCUACAUAAUAAACUGUAAGCGAAGCACAGAAUUUCAAAUUAUCUAUUCUAUCAUGUUGAAUAUAAUAAAAUAUAUUGCAAUACAAAAAUUGUAUUAUAAUGAUGUAUGAUAGGUCUUAGCAUUUAUAUUAUUAAAGAAAUUCUAUUUUGUUUGUUAAUAAUAAAUUAAAGUGACUUAUAA